AUGAAUUUAAUCCCUAACGAGCAUCAGGCUAUAGAGCAGCUAAGAGAGGUCAGUGAAUUGGAGCCCACUCUAUUAAAUUGGGGGAAAGAAAUACAACUCUUCAAUAGGUAUCCAAACAAAAAGAAAAGGUCAAAUACUAGAGAAGGGGAAUCGAGAUAACGACUACCUCAAAUGAAUAAGAUUCCUCUUAAAAUGCCACUUUAAGAAAUAUCUCUUAAUAAAGACCAUUAGACUCCUAAUUAUUAAAAAUUACCUCCCUUGAUCAAAGCAAUCAAACCUCAUACUGCAAAACCUAAUUAUAAUGGUAUUAUUCUUGGUGUAAACUUUGCACAUUUUGAAAGAAGAAUGCUUAAGAAAAUCAAUUAAUCUUGA